ACCCGCACACACAUCGCCGUCUUCAGCCUCGGCUGUGUUGAGUCGAAGGGCUUUUAGUAAUAUUGUUAUUAUCUUUCGAAUUCACCCGUUGGUCGGGAAGCGUAGAGCUGGUCUUAUACACACCACUAUAUGUCCCAAAGAUACAGAGCAACAAGUGCAGCGCUACGAGACCGUUCAGCUCUCCUGGGUGUGACACCUCCAGCUUCGGGACGCUCCUCGCCGUAUAGCAGCCCGAACUCAGGGCCUUCUGGCCACCGCUACGUGGAUGACUUGGAAGGUCAGAAUGACGAGGCGUUGGAAGGCCUGGCAGCCAAGGUGAAGCUGCUCAAGGAUAUCACCGUUGGCAUUGGAAACGAGGUCCGAGAAUCGACUGUACAACUCAGUCAGAUGAAUGAUGCAUUCGCGGAGACCUCGGGCAUCCUAGCUGGCACGUUCCGUCGUAUGAACAACAUGGCACAGCGGCAGGGUUGUCGAUGGUUAUGGUACAUUCUAUUUCUCGUGCUUGUAUUCUGGUUCUUCAUCAUUGUAUGGUGGUUUCGGCGGUGACAAUCACCCACUACGGACGUUUAUCAAUAUAUCUGGAUCAACAGCUU